AAAGAACAUAGGCACUAUCACAAGGAUAAUGAAAUAUUUACAUUGAUUGCAUUAAUGUUUUUGUCUUUUACAUUGAUAGAAUGUUUUUGUCAUUUUUGAGAGAUUAUACAUGAAACAACUUACUUAUUUUAUGAGGAGAAAUUAUCUUUGUGCAGAAAGGUCGUUGCACAUCAAACAUGGGUUGAGGAUAGCACAUUCAAUAAAGCAGGGUAUCCAAGAGUAUCAAGAUUACAGCUCUUGAAAUUUAUAGGACUGAACAGGCAAUGUUCUACUUUUUUGUCUUAGUUUUCCUGGAAAGCAAAAGAGUUACAAAGAAGGAAUAACUGAGGAAGUCAGGACAGUAACACCUGACAAGUUCCUGACUCAGAAUAAACCAGAAUUACGCACAAUAGAGUAAAAUAGUCAAAAGCUACUUAAUCAGACUGCUUGAUACUAUGUUGAUUAAGAAGUGUAUAAGAAAUGGUUCCUAUCUUAGAAUUUGGAUACUAAACACUUUCUUAAUGAAUCACCCAAUAAAAUUAAGAAACCAGGUAUAGCUUAAUUUUUUGACUGUUUCCAAAAAGGUAAACUGAUCUAUUAUUUCAAAAAAAGCAAAAUAUUACAGAGAAGAUCAAAAAAUAUAGACUAUAAAUAGAAUAUAGAUAUAUAGAGUAGAAUAUAGAGAAUAUAAAUGUGUGCAGCAUUUUCCUCUUUCCUCUCCCAUUAAUCAUCUCACGACCCUUCCAAAACUGAUGAGUUUUGUAGUGAGCUCUACUAAAUAACACAUUAACUUCUUCCUUUCACCAACCUUAAUUCAGUGAAGCAUUUCAAGAAAAGAAAUAUUUAGACAAACCAGCCUCCUCUGUACUUCCCAUAAUGAAGAGUCUCUUGAGACAUAUUCUAAUUUAUUAGUAUUUGCAAAUGCAUGUGGUGUUGGUGGUUUUAGGCCAAAGAAACUUGCAGGCACUUUUGACUGUGUAGUGCUGCCUUUUGGAUGCCACUAAUGUUUAUAUUACUAGCAGGGUUCCAGUCAACACUCCACACCAUUAGUGAUGUGGCUGGACAGAGAAGAAAAACUCAUUUAAUACGGAGACAAGAGACACUCAACUGGAUUUAUCAUGUCGGUUAAGCUUCCAAAGAGGCUGAGCAGCAAGAAGAAAAAACCUCCAAAGGACAAUGCCCAGACAGAGGUUCUACGAAAACUGGGCCUGGAGGCCUUCAGGACCGCACCACUGGACCCAGCAUCUAUGCUGGACAUCAGCACUUGGACUCUGGAGAACCAAGCUCCUUUAGAGACCAAAGACCUGCCAAAUGCUUUCCUCCAACGCCUUUGGCUGCUUAGCCCAGACGCCCGGAGCCCUUGCUACAAUCCUCCAAGCGAUGUUCUGACCAAUGCCAACAAACCACCCGAUGAAAUGAUCAGUGGUCUUGGAGGAGAAAGCCAGUAUGCCAUCAACCCUCUUGAUCUAGUUACAGCAGUCUUUAUGUCUUCCAACACCUUCCUUCAGCAGGAGAUGACUGUGCGCAUGGUGCAAUGCCAGUUUGCUGUGCCCCUGGUCCUGCCAAACAUUGAACCAGAGGAACCAAGUCACUUCCUUCUUUGGCCUUUGAGAGGCGUUGUGAGCCAGUGGAUGUCUCACUUUCUGGAUGAAAACAGGAAGGUCCAAGAGGGGGAUUUGGCAAGUACACAAAUGCCAAUGGUUUCUUGUGUGAAGCUCGGUCACUGCUGUGUCUCCAAGUCACAGGUGCUCAACCACAUUCUACGUGGACUCAAAUCUUGCAAUGAAACAUUUCUCCACAGGGGAAUGGAUGGAGGACAGCUGCCACGGAAACUCUCCAAUGGCCUGGUAGAGAUUGGAUGGUAUCUACCUGGAGACACUGCCAGAGAAAAUUUAGAUGUCCCUGUGGUCAUCUCUAACCUACGUGGUGAUGCCAGCACACAUGAAAAAUGCCUCAGUCUUCUAUGUAAAGCUUCUUCGGCAGUGAUUGUUUUCUGUGGGAAUCUUAGGGAGAAAGACAGACAACUUCUUAAGUCCUGCAAAGAUAUGGCAAGCAAGCUCAUACUGAUUGACAUUUCAGAUGCUGAGAAAAAUGAGAACAGUGUUGUGGGAUUUGUUUGUCCAAACCUUCAAGAAGAUAUAGGGUUACCUGAAGGGUCAGUGCUGCAGGGUAGAGCUUUGAGUGAGGAGGAACUGGCUAAAAGGCUGUUUGACACCCUGAAAGAUCUGUUACCAGAUAAACUGAAACCUGUUACAUUGGAGGCAGCAUCAAAAUUAGCAGUGGAGCUAGGCCUUAAUAUGGAUGAAGGGACAGUCUGUCAAAAGGCAAUGGCCACAGUGGAGGAAAUAUUGAAAGGUUUAGAAAAGGGAUGUGCUCAAUUUAAGGAGAAACAGCUUCCUCUGCAGGGGUCUUUGUGGUGCAAACUGGCUGAAAUAGAAAAGGAGGAGAGCAAACAGAAAAAAGAUGGGAAAGAAAUCGACCCCCAACUGCAAAAAGAAAAGAAAGACAUCUUGGUCGAGUUGGGAAGCUACAAAAUGACCCCAGCGAUGAAGAUUUUCACAGAUGCACUCUCCACAACAGAUAAAGUGGAGAGGACUUAUUUUCUAAGUUGGAUUAAACGGAAGCUUAAGAUGAUGCAAACCAAAAAACAAAACAGUCCACAUGAUAUAUUCAGAGAAGAGAAAGAUGGAAUGCCAGAACAUUCUGAUGAUCUCGAAAAUCGAGCCAGUAGCUACCUGGAGGACAGUGAUAGUUUCUGCACAGAUUCAACAUUUGAAGAAGAAGAAACUGAAGAGCAGCCUGUAAAUUCUGAACUGCAAGUUUCUGACCAACAGCUUACCAUUGAGCAAGAGUUGGAGCAUAUUAUGCACAAGUCUACAGAUGAAGGCAAGGAACCACAGUCAGAUCAAAACAAUCUUGAGCCUACACACGAUCCAGUCGUGGAGCAAGAGCUAUAUAUGAUGCCAAAUGAGAAGGAGAAUCAAGGCAAUGUAGUAACUGAAAAAAAAGUCAGUUUUGAAGACCAAAUGUCAGACCCAGUCUUUGAGAACCAAAACUGUCAUUUGGAGUUUGGAGAAAAUGGAACCUUGAGCUGCGAAGGGACAAAGCAAGAUGAACCAGAACUGACUACAGCAAUCUCAGAAUCAAUUCUUUCUGCUAAACAACAAAUGUACCCAGAUGUGUCCUCUGAACCUCAGGUAGCCUGGUGUUCACAGCCUUUUGAGCCUGAUCCAUCUUCAUUGGGGCUUGAGCACUUUUUGCGUGAGAUGGGCCUAAUUUUUGAGCUGACACAAAUCAACCCCGGCAGUGGAAACCACAGUGUGUUGCGUCUUCCCAGCCUAGCUGCAGACCUGCUUCUCUAUGGGAUUCCACUUGAACUAAUGGAUGGAGAUGCCUCAAACAUUCCCAUCCGGUGGCUGGGCUGUGUCUUUGCAGAGCUCAAACGCCGCCUACCUCAAGAACAAUGCAGGACCCGAGUACUGACAAACCUUGGAGUACAUCAUGCACAGAAUGCUGAGGUGCUUUCAGCUUUAUUUGGAGUAAAAUUCCCUGAAGGAAGGAAAAGAUCCACCAGAGGGGUGUACAUGGUUCCCCUCUGUCCCCCUGACACGCUUAGAAAGGACUUGGAGUGUGAUUUUCUGUUGUUAAUUGAUGUAGAAGGUCUCUGCUCAAUCUCUCAGGACAACAAAAUGAAUACCCAAAUCCACGACAUUGAGAUGGCCACUGUUGCAACAGGAUUGAGUGAUGUUUUAAUGCAAAAUAUCUCUUCAUGUCCAAGUUCUGAGUUUGAAACAGACUUCAAUGUCAUAGUCAAUGCUCUUCUACGAGUCAAAGAAUGUGGCUCCAUGCCCAAUUGCCAACUUCUCAUCCAGGAUGAAGGAAUAAACAGCUUAUUAAAAGCCUCACAAUUAAGACGUGUUUCUGGGAUGCUUCAGACUGAGACUGGGGACAGAGGAACUAACAAUGCUGAGAAGCAAUAUACAAAGACCACAAGCUGUAUCACCUGCAUCAAAGGGCCUUGGUCCAAUAUGUCUGUCUCUGAACCAGUUGAUACACAGUAUAGUACGGCUGUGCUAAAGCUUAAGAAAACCCUGUUUGAGGCAUUGAAGAAAUGUGCAGCUAAGUCAGAAGCCACAGGACUGUCAGAAUUUAUGAUCCGUUUGCAUGCUGUUUGGGAUGCAGUGAAAGCAGAAUCAUUCUCCAUUGGUCUGCAAAAUACUGACAUAGCUUUAGCAUUCUCUUUAUUGUGCACAGAGCUUUCCCAGUGGGAGGAUAGCUUACUGGAGCACAUUGAAAACUGGCUUGUGGGUGCAACACAGAAAAUCUUCACCACAAACGCAAAGGCUUUAGACGCUGCAACCCAAAACAACCUUUUGAGUGAGAUGAAGGAUGAAGCCAGAGAGGAGGUCAAAACAGAGAUGGACAAACUCAGGUCAAAAGUAGAGGCGUAUUUAAUGAAAGAUGACCUUUUCAAAGUGAGCACUGAAACAUUCAAGACAAUCCUAAUGAGUUAUAUGGGUGACCUCCAGGAGCGAGUAACUGAAGAGAUAAUACAAAGGCUGGAGACAGUCAACGAGAGCUAUUGUUCCUCCAUACAGCUGAAAAACUUUGAGAUCUUACUGGAAAAAGAACAAGAGUCCAAGCUACAUGCACUGGUAGAGAAAAGCAAGUCAAACAAAGUUCUCCUUCAAGAUGCAGAACUGGAAGAGGAGUUUGAGAGUGUGUGGAGUAAGAUGUUGUCUAACUUUGACUUCAGGCCUUCAGAGACAGAUGAUAUUACUGUAAGAGUGAGAGAAAUUCUGAGACAGAAUCUCAUCAGCCGUGGUCUCCAGAAACACACGAAAAAAACUGAAGCCGUCGGCCAAAACCAAACAUCUACCUUCCAAGUUUAUGAUGAACACUUUGGAUACCGCAGCAGAUUAAAGCACAUGUUUGAGGACAACAACAGACUACAGAGAUUAGCAGCUCAACAGAUAGCAUGCCGUGUGAUAGAAGAAUACAAACACUUUAUGGAAGAUAAAACUAGCUUACCAGCAGAUUUCUCUGACAGCUACAUAACAGAACUGUUAGAAAAUGUCGAAAAAGCUUUGAAGGAAAAAUCUAUGGAAAUCAGAUCAGCUUUUGAAGUGGAUCUGAAAGUGUAUCUCUGUAGCUCUGCAUGCCAAGACUUCCAAAAAAUUCAUGACCGCUAUGCCAAGGACAGGGAACUUUUGGCAUGUAUCACUGAGACCAAGAGUAAGUACAUGGCAGAGUUCAUUUACCAGUUCAGGAAGAGAGACCAAUGUCAAAGGGUGGCCCAAGCAUUCACCUCUAUGGUCAUCAAACCUACAGUGUUGGACUAUAUCUACAGACCACUAGGGAUGCAUAUUGUGGAGGAGAUCCAAGCUAAAGAACAGCAGUAUCAGUCCCCAAGUGCCUUCAACCAAAACUUGAUGGAAGAGCUGAUAAGGGAAGACUGCUUUGAAAGCUUCCUGGAAUAUUUGCAAUGCUAUGACAGCUUCAGAUUGAGGAAGAUCCAGGAGACAGUAGUGGGUCACCUCUCUGAAUCAACCAACUUGGAUAAAUGGAGGCAACAGAGACUUGGAGAAAUUGUAGGAAAGAUUGCAGCAGCAGUGAGCGAAACAGCAGAAGGUACUAAUGGAGUGUUGAGUGAUACAAAGCCUCUGCUGGAGAGAGUGUGCCUCACUUUAGAGAGAGAUGGAGUUGUGGAUGUCACCAGGGCCCCUCUGGAUGGACCUCUCUUCAGUAUCACCACAGAAUGGGAUCGUUUUGUUACAUGUUUAAUGGAGUUACUGGCUGCAGUGCGGCUGGACCUUGCCCAGGAGUUCUCCCAAAAUGUGGAUAUCACCCAACUUCUUAAUUGCCUUCCAGUUCAACCCCAACAAUCACUCUUCAACAGAGUGAGGGGCUGUGACAAGCAAUGUCCUCUCUGCAGAGCCCCCUGUGAGGUGCAGGAAAUGGGGCAUGAGGCUCACAGGGCUCUGCUCCACAGGCCCAAAGGCAUGAUGCCUUAUGACCCAUGUUCUGUGUUCUGUAUCAGUUGCCAUGAAGGCAUGAUGCAGGGUAGCCCAGAACAGAAUACAGACACACAAAAUACAUCUGUGGCAUGCAUGGAUGUCCAUUCCCUCCACCCAGGCUGGAACAUCUCUCAUGAGGACCCAAACAGCCAGACCCCCAGUGCUUACUGGAGGUAUGUCUUGGUGAGGUUCAAUGACAAAUUUGCAAAGGAAUAUGAGGAGAAGCCAGCAGAGAUUCCUGAAGAGUGGAAGAAGAUCACUGAAGAGGAGGCCUUAGGCAGUCUGAAGGAAGCCGUCCUCACUUGACAGAGCUGAGAUAAGGUUGCCCUGUGUGCUGUCUUUAUCAUAAUAUACAUGACAUUUUAUUGAUCAACUUCGCGUUUGAUCUUGGUUUAGAAGUCUUGCAAUUACCAGUGAUGUUGAUAAUCACAAUGAUGGACAGAAAAUUAAUCAUAUGAACCAUUCUUUCAAAAGACUGAUGAUAACUGACUUUUUGUGUAAUUUCCCUUUUCUUUUUAGUGUUUCCAUAAUAUGACAGUGUCCUUUCUGUAAAAAAAAUCUUUUAAAAUAUAUUGUAAACACAAAUGCCUUAUUACCUCACUCAACUGCUU